AGGCGCCGUCCCGGCGAUGGCAGCUUUCGGUGCAACGGCUGUCGUUGGCCCUGGUGCGUGUGCUCCUCUUCGUCCGGCCGGAUGUGACUGUGUCUUGUGUCUGUGUCUGUGCCUGUGUCUGUGUCACUAAUCGGCCGGCAGCUCGUUCUGCAAAACUCGGUGCUCGUGAUGGUGAGGAGAGAUCAUGAUGAUGAUGGACCCCAACGAUCGAGACAGACAGACUGACCGCUCCGUCCAGGUCAUGCACCACUCGCGCAACAGCCCAACCGGAACGCAGCCCCGAUAUCUCGCAUCGACUGCCAUCUUGCUAGUCGAAAUCAUCAAGCUGCUGGCCAGCUUCUUCCUCGCUGUGCUCGACACGUGCGCGCCGCAUCCCAGCGCUUCCGCCUCCACCGUCAUCACGCACCUGUACCGCUCCAUCUUCGACAGCAACAGCUGGAAGCUCAUCGUGCCCGCCGCCCUCUACACGCUGCAGAACUCGCUGGUGUACACGGCCAUCAGUAACCUGGACCCCGUGACGUUCCAGGUCACGUACCAGCUGAAGAUCCUCACCACCGUCUUCUUCAGCAUCAUACUGCUGGGCAGGCCCGUCUCGCUGCGCCAGUGGCUCUCGCUGAUCCUGCUCACCUUCGGCGUCGCCCUCGUGCAGAUCUCGGGACCCACGACAUCUGAAGACUGGCGAGAGCGGCUGUCGUCGCUGAUGCGCGGCGGGACGAUCGCCACGUCGAGUGCGUUCCGGGGCCUCAUGGCCGUCGCCGCCGCCUCGGUCACCUCGGGCCUCACCUGCGUUUACAUCGAGAAGCUUGUCAAGGACUCGAUGGCCUCGGUCUCGUUGUGGAUCCGCAACGUCCAGCUUUCCUUCUUCAGCCUGUUUCCCGCGCUCUUCAUCGGGGUGCUCUGGCAGGACGGCGCUGCCAUCGCCCGGGAUGGCUUCUUCUCCGGGUACAACCCGGUCGUGUGGACCACCAUCGCCCUCCAGGCGCUGGGCGGCCUGAUCGUGGCCGUGUGCAUCGCGUAUGCCGACAACGUGGCGAAGAACUUCGCUGCCAGCCUCAGCAUCGUCGUCAGCUAUGCCGCGACGGCGGUCGUAUAUCGGACGCCAAUGACCCUUCAUGCCACGAUUGGUGCGGCGGUCGUGCUCCUGGCAAUGUACCUGUUCAAUGGGCGGCCGCGGGUGCCACUGCUGCCGGUGCUGCCAGUGAGCCAGGAGCGGCAGGGGUCUGAGAAGUCAGAGCCCUUGCUCCUGGGGUUGACGUCCACACCACCAAAGUAGAUGACACGCUACCAUUACGCCUAAUGAGUAAUGAUAUUCACUUUCACUCGCAUUUCUCAGAGUUCCACGCUGCUCUUCCCAUACUGGAGGGUAAAAUCUGGGCCCUUGCCGUAAGCGGUG